GGGUUGAUAAGUACAGUAGUCCCGUUCCUGCUUGAUUAGUUCUGUCUCUAACGGCACCGCUCACAUAGCAGCAAGAAUUUAAAUGUUGUCGCUACUCCGUGAGCAGGAAACUCGUGGGUAUUCCACUCAGAGUUAGAUUUUGUCGUUUGCAGCAAGGCCGCACUACGCGUCUCUGAGCGACGCUGCUUCACUCAGAGUUACACGUGUCGUCAAAGUUCGUCGUCUGUCCUCAACAGAUCGUUUCUAUUUCACUCGGAACGUCAAGCAACCGACGGAUUUCCCUGGCCAGGCGAUCGUCGUAAGCGGGCAUGGCACGGCAUGGCGGCUCAUCGUCGCCAGGUGUUCGUGCAUGGUCGCCGCUGGUCGCAGCUGCAGUAGUCGCAGGAGUUGCCGUUGUCUUCCUCGUCGGAUGGGAGCCUGGCAGCCUGGAGCGUUGGUGACUUGAUAGGGCGUAGUAGCCGAACGUAGACCAGGCAAGUCCACUCGUCCAAGCAGGCGUUGAUCUAUAAAAGCCGCGUAUGGGCACGUUAGUCACCAAGAGCUAGAUUCUCCUCGUGAAGGCAGGCCGCGUGUAAGGUGUUCUCUCGCUACCCUCUGACGUCUCUUGGUGGGUUAAUCACCAGGAGCUAGAUUCUCCAGCCACGCAGGCUUUAGUUUGAGAGCCGCGAUGCGUUUGGGAGGGACCACUCGUUCCUGGGGACGGCUACAGGCGGUGCAGUCCCGUCCGCAGGGAAGCACGAUCUCGAGGGGAAGCGGGGCCGCGAGCAAUAGAGGCGGGUGGAAGCGGCGUGGUACAGUGAGCUACGUGCUGCUGUCGCUGCUCUCCCUCGUCGCCAUUAACUCGCUGCUCCGAUCACCGACCUUCAGAAGCGGAAUCUCCACACAAACGGCAUGGCCGAAUCAGCAAGACCGGGAGGUUUCUCUGGGGAAUGGUGGGACGUUGCGAGGGCGGCGAGGUUUGGGCGAGUUGAGGUGAAAGGGGCAGGGGCGGAGUGGGCUCUCGUCAACUGGCGCACGUGCUUCUCUGUCAAAGCCUAUGACCAGGCAGGACAUCCCUUUGACUCAGGCUGCAUGCAGCGUGCAUUCUUCGUGGCUCUUCUAAGGCUAGAAUCCAACAGCAGCAGCAGCAGCAGCAGCAGCAGCAGUGAGGGUCGUCAAGGCGACAGUAGGGAGAAGCAGCAGCAGAGGGAGUCGAGGACGGCACGAGUGACAGAGGCGCCAGCAUGGGAUGAUUCUCCCAAGGGGUGGGGUGACCUGAGACUGGCCGCUCAGGUCAAGUACCAACGCUCUUCGUCCUCCCACCAGGUGUGCUACAAGGCACCUGUCCCCGGCCCGUACCUGCUCUCUCUGCAUCUGCUCUUCACCAACGCCUUUCAGCUGCGCACCAACCGCAACCGCGACUUCAACCAGGGCUAUGCGGGGUAUGAGCAGGUGUUUCUCCAAGUGAUCCAUGUCAAGGCCCCUCCAAAGUACUACCCGCUAGUGCUGCGGGCCAGCCUGCCCUGGUGCACGGCAGCCAUGCUGCGGACGCAUGGCAACGAGGGGUACUGGCUGCAGCAGAAGUGGAUGCCGCAUGCUUGCCGCCUGCGCACUGUCACCCCCAUCGAUGCCCUCUCCUGCUUCCAUCGCCACAAGAACGUCCUCCUCAUGGGCGAUUCUGAGAUGCGGUUCUUCUAUGGCUUCCUCACACACUUCCUGGUGAACCGCACCCGGGGGGCCUAUGUCAGCUCCAUGGGGGGAGACCUGCAGGCCUUUCACGGGCUGCACGGUUUUCCCAAGACCACCAACUACACGGACGAAAGGGGGGAGCUCUUUCGCACGCCCGUGCUCUUCCCGCCUCCCACCUUCACCUUCUAUGGGGGCCUCCACAAUGGCUUCACAAGGCAGCGGUUCAAUGUGAGCAUGCGUGGGCGCACGUACAGCUUCAACCUGACGUACGCGACGCACAUGGGGUCGUGCCGCGAGUUCCUGCCCGCCUGGAUGUUCAACACAAGUCUCACGGGGGGCGAGGCGGUGAGCCGGGACGACCAGCCGUUCGGCCUCGUUGCGUACGGCUCAUUCCUGCAUGACCUCAUCACGCUGGAUACCACUCACAAUUAUGCACGAGUUGCACGCUCACAGCUGCUGCCUGCUAUGAGGCGGCACUUCAGGGAGCCCUCGAAGGUGACAUUCUUUGGGCCGUGGGCGGCCAGGGAGGACACCAAGCCUCGCUGGCUGCUCUACAAGAGCGACAACGUGCGAGGCAUGACGUUUGAAGAGGAAGCGGCCAGGGUGUUGCCAAUCGAAGGCUUUGGGAACUUCAUUCCACUGACACUACUAACUCUUCCUCGGCCUGACUUGACUAACGACAGCACACAUUAUUCAUGGGUGAUUACGCUUGCUAUGUUGGAUCUGUGGUUGACUACUGCUUGCUAUGGAGAAUAAUUCAGUAAACAUCCUGACAUGUUUUAUAAUGGCUUCAAAGUAUGCAAUGCGAGCACAUUUG